CACGAGUGACAACCACGCUCCUUUCUCCCCCUUCUGAAGUUUGCUAUUUGUUUCGGAACCCGUCACUCUCUUUUCGCUCCCCCGAACGAAGCAAGUCACUCCACCACAACUACCGUCGUGCGAUCAUUUCUUCGCGACGCGCCAGCGCCAACUCUUGUCAAGUUGCACAUCGCUACCUAACUUGAACGACUCUCCCUAUCCAUCGUCAUAAUGCGUCCCACAUCAGCCCUCGUCGCGGCCGGCGUUCUCGUCUCGGGCACGUCGGCUGAGAACUACCUCGGCUUCAACUCGGGAGCCACCCUCGCGGACCGGUCCGCCAAGUUCAAGGCGGACUGGCUUGCCGAAUUCAAGACGGCGCAGAACCUGGAGAAUGCCCCGGGCAAGUUCAACGCCGUGCGUCUCUAUACCAACAUCCAGGCCUACUCGGAGGACACCCCGAUCGAGGCGUUUGAGGCCGCCAUCGAGACCAACACUAAGAUUCUGCUGGGUAUCUGGACCUCGGGCACCAAUAGCAUUGAGAAGGAACUCAGCGCGCUGAAGAAGGCCAUCGACAAGUAUGGUAGCAAGUUUACCGACCUCGUCAUCGGCAUGUCGAUUGGUAGCGAGGACCUCUACCGCGAUUCCGAGACGGGCGUCAAGAACGAGGCCGGUAUCGGUGCGGGCCCGGACACUCUGAUCAAGUUCAUCAACGAUUACAAGAAGGCGGUCGCCGGCACGGCGCUCAAGGGCGUCCCCAUUGGCCACGUCGACACAUGGGAUGCUUGGACGAACGGUACCAACAAGGCCGUGAUCGACGCUGUCGACUGGAUCGGCGUGGACGAGUACCCCUACUACGAGAACGGCAAGGGUAACAACAUCAAGAACUCGGGCACCCUCUUUGACCGUGCCUUCAAUGCGGUUAAGGGCGUUGCCGGCGACAAGCCCAUCUGGGUCACCGAGACCGGCUGGCCUUCCUCGGGCCCCAACUGGGAUCAGGCGGUCUCCAGCGUCGAGAACGCCAAGUACUACUGGGACGAGGUCGGCUGCCGCAAGCUCUUCAACAAGGUGCCCACCUUCUGGUACAACCUGCGCGACUCGAACCCCGACAACAAGAUGAAGUUCGCCAUCACCAACAACCUCUCGACCAAGCCCCUGUUCGACCUGACCUGCCCUACCAAGUUUGACACCCCGACGUCCACUUCCACGAGCGCCGCGCCCUCCUCGACUGGCGUCAGUGCCCCCAGCAGCUCUGCCACGAGUGCUUCCGGCUCUACUAACACUACUGGCGGUAGCGGCACCAGCGCCGGCGCUGACAACAGUGCUGCUGAGUCUGGUGACGGAACGGAGGAGGCGGACGCGAUCCCGACCGGAAGCGGCGCCUCCAUCGGCAGGAGCCUCUUCACUGUUGUCAGCCUGGCUCUCGUUGCUGGCGUCUUCACCCUGUUCUAAAGAAAGAAAAAAAAGGCGCAACGGACGUGCCGGUGGAGAGCGGUGGAUAUAGAUAGGUAUUGAUACCAUUUUGUUGGCUAGACUGUAUGUAAACCGUGGCGUAUUCUCCUUGGCUUACUCUUUUUGCUCACUUCCCCUCUUCCCCUGCCGGGCUGCAUCUCGACAGCUGGAUCUGAAAGGUUUGGCCGUGUAUGGGUAAUAUCUAGACAAUAAGAGGGUACAACAUCGUAGACG